UCCCGCAGCCAGGCCCCGAAGAUGGCGGCUCUCAAACUCCUCUCCUGCGGGCCACGACUCUGCGCCUCCGCCCGCGGCUCCGGGGGCGCCUGGUCCAAGCGCUGUGUCUGCUACUUUUCAACCAGUACUUGUCGCCAUACCAAAUUUUAUACAGAUCCAGUGGAAGCUGUAAAAGACAUCCCUGAUGGUGCAAAGGUUCUGGUUGGUGGUUUUGGGCUAUGUGGAAUUCCAGAGAAUCUUAUAGGAGCUUUACUAAAGACUGGAGUAAAAGGACUAACUGCAGUCAGCAACAAUGCAGGGGUUGACAACUUCGGCUUGGGUCUUUUACUUCAAUCCAAGCAGAUAAAACGCAUGGUCUCUUCGUAUGUGGGAGAAAAUGCAGAAUUUGAACGACAGUUCUUAUCUGGUGAAUUAGAGGUGGAGCUGACACCUCAGGGUACACUUGCAGAGAGGAUCCGUGCAGGUGGGGCUGGAGUUCCUGCGUUUUACACCAGCACAGGGUAUGGAACCCUGGUACAAGAAGGAGGAUCACCCAUCAAAUACAACAAAGAUGGCAGCGUUGCCAUUGCCAGUAAGCCAAGAGAGGAAAAGAAAAGUGCAAGGAAUUUCAACUUGCCGAUGUGCAAAGCUGCAGAAACCACAGUGGUAGAGGUUGAAGAAAUUGUGGAUAUUGGAUCAUUUGCUCCAGAAGAGAUCCAUGUUCCUAAGAUUUAUGUACAUCGCCUUAUAAAGGGAGAAAAAUAUGAGAAAAGAAUUGAGCGUUUAUCAGUCCGUAAAGAGGGAGAUGGAAAAGCCAAAUCUGGUAAACCUGGAGAUAACGUAAGGGAACGUAUCAUCAGGCGGGCAGCUCUUGAAUUUGAGGAUGGCAUGUAUGCUAAUUUGGGCAUAGGGAUCCCUCUUCUGGCCAGCAAUUUUAUCAGCCCAACUAUGACUGUUCAUCUGCAAAGUGAAAAUGGAGUCCUGGGUUUGGGUCCAUAUCCAUUACAACAUGAAGUUGAUGCAGAUCUAAUCAAUGCAGGCAAGGAAACAGUUACUGUUCUUCCAGGAGCCUCUUUUUUCUCCAGCGAUGAAUCAUUUGCGAUGAUUAGAGGGGGACAUGUGAAUCUAACAAUGCUAGGAGCAAUGCAGGUUUCCAAAUAUGGUGACCUGGCUAACUGGAUGAUACCU